AUGUCACAGGUGAUUGCUGGCAGUCACCAAGCAGUCAUUGAGCCCUCCCAGCCAACUCCUAAAACCCCAGUGCAGGCACCCCCAGCCAUCGAUGCAGGUGAUAUUCUCAUUCCCAGACUGAACAACCCAUGCCAGGCUUGCAGCAAGCUAGACUGGCCCUGUGCAACUCAGUUAGACAAGAGGACCAGAAAUCCAUCACUUCUGUCUUUGAGUUCAGCAGUCCCUGCUGCAGCACUCAAUGUGCCCAUGCCAGAUCUCCAUACCAUGGCAAUUGUGAUUUGGGAUGGUGCAGCUCAAAUCACUAUUCUUGAUGCUCAUGUGGCAGAGCAGGAUGGCGCAAAAUUGUCAACCAGCACCCCUCAUUCCCAAUAUGCGACCCUCCUGCCAAUGCAACAUCCUUAUUGCUUUAUCAAUCUGUCCAUGUCACCUCCUGAAUCUGCACUCCCUCCUCUCACUGAUCUCUUGGUGGCAGGGAUGGUGUGCACACCCCCAAAAUUCAAGGAUGCCUCUGCCAUUGAUGGUCUCCUGUUUGAGUACAACCAAGUUGUUCAUCCAGAGGAUCCAGAUAUGUCUGGUGAAAUUGUGGACCCAGGUGAUCUAAGCAACCUUGUCCCAGAAUAUGAUUCUUCUGAUGACACGGAUGUUGAGGUGGAUGUUGAGGUGAAGGUUGAAGCAUCUUCUGAGGAGGUUGACAUGGCUACAUGA